GCCGAAGCAAGAUGGCCACUAGCAAGCGAGUGCUGUAUGUGGGUGGGCUGGCAGAGGAGGUGGACGACAAAGUUCUUCAUGCUGCUUUUAUUCCUUUCGGAGACAUCACAGAUAUUCAGAUUCCUCUGGAUUAUGAAACAGAAAAGCACCGAGGAUUUGCUUUUGUUGAAUUUGAGUUGGCAGAGGAUGCUGCAGCAGCUAUCGACAACAUGAAUGAAUCUGAGCUCUUUGGACGGACAAUUCGUGUCAAUUUGGCCAAACCAAUGAGAAUUAAGGAAGGCUCUUCCAGACCAGUUUGGUCCGAUGAUGACUGGCUGAAGAAGUUCUCUGGGAAGACUCUUGAAGAGAAUAAAGAGGAAGAAGGAUCAGAGCCUCCCAAAGCAGAAACCCAGGAGGGAGAGCCCGCUGCAAAAAAGACCCGGUCAAAUCCUCAGGUAUACAUGGACAUCAAGAUUGGGAACAAGCCAGCUGGUCGCAUCCAGAUGCUCCUGCGUUCAGACGUUGUGCCCAUGACAGCAGAGAAUUUCCGUUGCCUGUGCACCCACGAAAAGGGCUUUGGCUUCAAGGGAAGCAGCUUCCACCGCAUCAUCCCCCAGUUCAUGUGCCAGGGUGGUGAUUUCACAAACCACAACGGCACUGGUGGCAAGUCCAUCUAUGGAAAGAAGUUUGAUGACGAAAACUUUAUCCUCAAACACACGGGACCAGGCCUCCUCUCCAUGGCCAACUCCGGUCCAAACACCAAUGGCUCCCAGUUCUUCCUGACAUGUGACAAGACGGAUUGGCUGGAUGGCAAGCACGUGGUGUUUGGGGAGGUCACUGAAGGCCUGGAUGUCUUGCGGCAGAUUGAGGCCCAGGGCAGCAAGGACGGGAAGCCGAAGCAGAAGGUGAUCAUCUCCGACUGUGGGGAGUUAGUGUGAGACGGCGCUUUCUCUGCUCCCCCCUCUGCUCUUGCCCCUGUGCCUCCAGGAGGGAGUUGCCAGCCUCAGGAGAACCUGCACCAAGGGUAUGUUGUUUGAAGCAAGCAGCAUCAGUAACACAAUCCCUUCCUCAGGGUCAGCUUGAAGCAGCUCCUCUUGCAGGCACAGCCUGGAUGUCCCCUGGACUCUUUUCCCAGGUGUGGCUGGGGGCCCAGGAGCAGUUGCGCAGGCUGUUCAUGGCCAUGGACUUGUCCAGGCAUUUGCUGCCAGGGCCUGUCUUGGGCCCAGCAGUGUGGCUCCUGGACAUUUUCUUUGCUAAAAUAAAUCUAGUUCUUAUACUCCUGCCUGCAGCUAGAUCCUAGAUGUUGUAAGAGAUUGUGUCUGUGGCGAAGCUGUCCCCCUGAGGCAGGCUGGCAAGUGGGUAGGGCAUAGUGUCUUCCCAACAGCUUUUGUUUCCUCCCUGGGGCCCAUUCCCUUAGAUGCCAGGUGAUACAUCGUCACACCUGAUAUCCUUGUCAGACUAUGUUGAGGACAAUGGAAAUGAAAAAUAGUGGAAAAGUUGCUAUCUUCUGCUGCCUCUGCCCCCAGACUCAUGCUAGUCCUUUAGCCAGCAAGUGUUCUGAUCAGUCUCAAUGAUUCCUGAGUUUAUUUGUCCACUUUCUUUCUACAUAUUUUUUAAAGUAAUAUUUUGUAACUCAAAGUGCCUUCUCUGUGCCUGGUAUUGUGCUUAUUUGUCAGGAGACCGGAGGUCAGCAAACUAUAUGGGUCUAAUUUGGCCCACUGCCUGUUUUUGUGAAUAAAAUGUUGGAACACAGCCA